CAACCCGCACCCGACCCAAUCAGCCCAGCAGACCUCGCCUUUUGCGGGGUCGGCCUCGAAUGAGCAUCGACGCGUUGGUCAACUCGCUGGUUAAACCCAAAGCCCGAGAGCUCUGCUAACGAAUAAAGUGGAAAGACUCCGCGAAUUGCCGCUCAAGCAACAGAAAAAGUCCCGUCGGAACUGAGCGAGAUAUAUAACCGUCGGGGUAGCUAUCGUUGUCGUGUCGCAUAGUUUAGUUCUUCGUCCCCACGUCUUGGCCUUUGUCUUGAUCAUUCCUUACUCUUUAAAUUCUCCCUAUUAUCACCUUUUAAUAGUGUCACCCAUCCUCGCAUAUACUUCAAAAUGGCAACUCACAGAUUCGACCCCAAAUUCACCGACAAUGUCAUCAACGCGAUGGGUCCCAAGACCUCGCCGCGCAUGCGCCAGCUUAUGGCCGGUCUCAUCCGCCAUGUGCACGACUUUGCGCGCGAGAACGAGCUCACGGUCGACGAGUGGAUGGCCGGAGUGAAGAUGCUCAACUGGGCCGGCCAGAUGAGCGACGAUAAGCGGAACGAGGGCCAAUUAGUGUGCGAUGUGAUCGGCUUGGAAUCCCUGGUCGACGAAAUCACCUUCACUCUCGCCGAAGAAGCCAAGGACGCACCCACCGCGACCGCUAUUCUGGGCCCCUUCUUCCGCGCCGACACGCCCUACCGCGAGAACGGUGCCGACAUCGUCGUCACUAAGCCCAAGGACGGUGGUGAAAUGGCCUUUAUGCACGGCCAGGUCAUCGACUUUGAGACGAAGAAGCCCCUCGUCGGCGCAGAUGUGGAGGUCUGGCAGGCGUCGACGAAUGGUCUGUAUGAGCAGCAGGAUCCGGAGCAGGUUGAGUUUAACCUGCGUGGAAAGUUCAAGACGGAUGACGAGGGACGAUAUUCCUUUUACUGCCUGCGGCCCACGCCGUAUCCCGUUCCGGAUGAUGGACCCGCUGGCAAGUUGCUGAGCCUCAUGGACCGCCACCCCUUCCGUCCUGCCCAUAUUCACAUUAUUGCAACCAAGGAAGGCUACCGCCCUCUGACUACCCAGAUCUUUGACCACAAGGACAAGUACCUGGACAACGACUCCGUCUUCGCCGUCAAGGACUCCCUCGUUGUGGACUUUGUUCCCCGAAAGGACGACCCCAAGGCUGCUCUUGAACUGGAGUACGACGUUAAACUGGUUGCCGACACCAAGGCGGGCAGCGCAUAGAGCGCCCUGGAGGCGGUAGCAUGACAUUCUUUGCACAUAUUUCUGGUCUCGGAUAUGUUUUUUUGUCACGAUAGCGUUUUCUUUUUCGUCCAUAUUUUACUACCAACUUGGGCCUGCGGGAUAUCCAAU